AUGUCUUUCAUCCUUGUCGCUACCAUGCUUGCUGCCGAAGGGAAGACUGAGGAGAUCAUCAAAGCUCUCCUUGUCCCGAAGAGCCGCCCCUGUAACUGCGCUGACCCGUCUGCCAUCCUGCCGAUCGUGGAGGACUCGAGGCAGGAACGCGGAUGCCUUCAGUAUCAGUUCUCCCAGGCUCAGGACGACCCCAGACGGAUCAUGAUUUGGGAGGAGUAUGAGUCUGACGAGGCGUUCGAGGAGCACAAGCGUGGAAAGAACUUUAUGGCGUUUGCAGCGAGACUGGAUGAGCUGAUUGAGGGGGAGCUGUCGUUGAAGCGCUUCAACGUGCUGGAUCGAUUCCACUGA